AUGACAGACAGUCAUACUUGGGAUAUUGUAUCCAUUACAAUAGGAUGGAUUUAUUUCUUUGCCUGGAGUUUUUCAUUUUAUCCUUAGAUCAUCAUAAACUACAGACGCAAAAGUGUUGAUGGAUUUUCAAUUGAAUUUGCGUUGCUGAAUCCAUAAGGUUUUUUCUUCUACUCAUUUUAUUCUAUUGCUGGAUUUAUUUACACUUCUCCAGUUACUGGAACUAGAGGUGAAAAGCAAUAAAAACUAUCAUGGUGGCCAAUAGCAUUACUGAUAGGAGAAUGGAUAUUUGUUAUGACAAUUUUCAUAGUCGAGGUUACUGGCACCAAAGUCAAUGACAAUAUUAGCACUCUUAGAGUUGCUGGCUAUUGCAAAGCAUUAAUUACUUUCGUUUAUCUUAAUUAUGUAAGAAAAAGUACUGAUGGCUGGUCAAUUGAAAAUAUUGUUUUGGACUUAACAGGAGGAACCCUAUCACUACUCCAAUAAAUUAUUGACACUGUUGCAAGAGGAUAGCCUUUCUUCGGAACUGAUUCCUUUAACAUAGUGAAGUUUAUGCUUUCAAUCAUGUCAAUCUUUUUUGAUUGCAUUUUCUUGUUCUAGCAUUAUGUUUUGUAUCCACAUGCCAAGCAACCAAAGAAUGGUCAGAAACCUUAGAAUAUGAUAGAGGAGAAUGAUUAACUAAUAAAUCACUCAGAUAAUAAUACCAAGCAGAAUAAGACACAGGAUGAGGAUUAUAUAAAGUGA